GUCGCGCUGCACGCAUGCGUCGCUUGACAGCUAUCGCGCGUUGUUAUGGUGAUGUGACAUCAAAAUACAGAUUAAAAAAUUACGGUUUUUUACCUUGUUAUUAAAUAAACGAAAUUAUAGGUUGUUUUAUGCGUACGCGUUAAUUAUAUUAUGACGUGAGGUGCGCUGUGCUGUGGACUGUGACGUCACUAUGGCAGGGUGGUUGUGGAUAUUCGCCCUGUUCGGGCUCGCUCUAGCGCAGGGUCCAGAGAAAAGACGCACAGGCAACGUCUGUCACGCGGAUAUGGACUGUCCGGACAACGCGUUCUGUCGACAGAGCAGCUAUUGCGUUUGUAAGGAUGGGUUCGUUUACGCGGCUGUUAAUAGCACUCACAAGGGCUGUUUGAAGGAGGCUCGUAUGGGCGAGGAGUGCGUUCAACAUAUUCAAUGCCACUCUACUAUGGGCGUGCACUCAGAGUGCGCCGACAGUGUCUGCGCGUGCGCACCCAAUGCGCAUCUUGAGGAUGACCGCUGCUAUGAAACUGCAGUAAUCGGUGAGCGGUGCGUGGUAGAUCAGAACUGUUUCUUGGGCGAACACGGCGCUGAGCGUCAGGCCUUCUGUGUGCGCGGGUAUUGCACGUGCCAGUUGCAAUACAGCCCUAGGGAUAAUGGCACGAGAUGCGUACGUGACGCGACUCUAGGCGAAGAGUGCGAGGACGAGCUGCAGUGCGCAGGCGCAGGGUUGCAGUGUCGGGGUACUUGCCGCUGCAGGGAUAACUGGGUCGCGCACCAGGAGACCAACUCUUGUGUUGAAUCGGUGAAAGCACUGAACGAUCCGUGCGAGUACGACGUGCAGUGCGACAGUCUGUCGGGCACGAAGGACGCGCGGUCUGCGGGCGCGGCGCUGUGCCUGGGCGGCGCCUGCACGUGCGCGUACAGCGCGCGCGCCGCCGGCACCCCGCCGCACUGCUGGCACCGCCGCCGCCCCGGACAGGAGUGCAGGAGGGAUGAGGAAUGUGUAUCGGAAGAAGACGAGCCAGGUUACUGUUUGUCUGGGAGAUGCACUUGUAAGACAUGCUCUCCCGAUGCGCGGGAUUUCGGCAGCGGCGCGGGAACUCUGCAGCCGCCAUUCCUCGCUACAGCUGUUCUGAUUGUGGCCGCCAUUUUGAGACACUAGCGUCACGUUCUGCCAACAAUGUUAACCAGUGUUGAACGUAAAAUUAUCUCCACAGAUAAAAUAAUAAUGUUACAAAUGCAUAAUAGUGUAAAAAUGCUGUUUUGUACUUCAUGAAGUAUUAUUUUAAAAUGUUGCACUUUAUUUUAAGAUAUUUUAUGUACGGAUGUACAGAUUAAAAAUAUUUUGACGAAAUGUUGAAAUGUCACUAUUGCUGUUACGCAGAUUAACUAAAAUUGUUGUUUUAUUGUAAAAAAUACUAAAAGUAAAUUAGUUAUUUAUAGAGAAAUUGUUGCACAAAUUAGUACUAGGUUGUUGAUUUAUGUCUUUAGUCUAUUUUAAAGUUUAUUAACUAAGUUGUAAAUAAUUUUUAACAUUGUUGAUUAUUGAUACAAAUUCCUAUAGUAUUUGGAACUCCUUUUGAAUGGAAAAACAGUAUUUUCGAGUGCAAUUUUAAAUAAAAAUAUUUUCGAAAACAAUACGAUACGAAUGGGUAGUUUUUGUACCAAAGAAUAAAAUGAUAGAAUGUAUGUAAAUAAAGAAUAUUUAUUUUAAAA